AUGGCCAGCCUCGUGUCGAAGCCGCGCCACAGCAUCCAGAUGUACUGGGCGCGAAGGAGCUACCAGCGCCUGGGCUCGCCGUCGCGGCGCCUCAAGGUGGCCCGCCUUGGCGGCGGCAGGUCGGCGGGCUCCGCUGCCGCCGCGUCGUCGUCGUGGAAGGGCAUCCGGUUGGCGCGCCGGGCCGUGGCGCUGCUGGCUGCGCCGGCGCUCCUGCUCUCGAGGCUCCGCGACGCGUACGUCGACGCGAUGGUGGCGCUGGGCGGGUCCGGCAUGCGGCCCUGCGCCGCGCUGGCCAGGUCGCGCAGCGGCGCCGAGGCCGGGCUGUGGGACAAGCGGGUGCCGCGGGCGCGCCGGGGGAGCGGAGGCGGGAGCGGGAGCAAGCGCGGCGGCGGCGACUUCGAGCGCCGGAUGAUGGCGCACAUAUACAGCAUGGUCGUCACGCCGGAGCUCCCAUGCGCCGACAGGGCCUGA